GAAGAAAACCUGAUCCCAUUCAUAAUCAACACACACAACCUUUUUCUUUGUUGGCAAGAAAUGUCCAUUAGAAGACACACCGGAGUGAGGUUGAAUGUUAGAUGGAAUAGUUGAAGAAGGAACUACGCUAUGUUCAGGAAAAUACACUCCAUAUUUCACCCCAACUCCAGCAGGAGUAGUUUAUCUGAUGGGAUCCCAGCUUAUGAUGGCUCUGCGGUUCGUUUGAUCCGUAGCACCUCUAUGUAUGCUCUCAGAGACGAGGACCAUACACUCAUCGAACCUCUGAAAAAAAGCAAAAGUACCACCAGCCUUAAUUCAGUUGCCUGCCUUCAGCUGAAAGAAGAAAAGGCAUGGAUGUACUCCAAGACACAAGACUGUUUGCAAUAUUUACAAGAUUUGUUAGCUCUGAGGAAAAAAUACCUUGCGGGUGUCAAGGAUUUGAAAGUCUUGGGCAGAGUGCCUGAAAUUUCCCCUUUGCCUACAAAAUCUUCAGCAGCAACAACAAAAACCCAAGCCCCUCCUCCUCCCAAACCGACUUCUAAGAUCUCAGAGGACAGAAAUGGCUCACAACUCAGUUCAGAUGUGACUGAAGCAAUCGCUUAUUUUGACUCAAUUAUUGCAAAACUGGAGGCAGAAAGAUUUCACAAAGUUGUGAGGGAUCAUCCACAUGUUGAUGUAGAUUUUGAUAUUGUUUCUAGUUCAAGAGAACACAGCUUACAUUCCAACUGGAUCCUUCGGGCCCCUCGGAGAUAUUCCCAAGACACCAGCCAAGUAGAAGCGAUUACAAGCCAAUCCAAAGGAAAAGGCCAAGGAGGAACAUUCAGCUCCAGAAAGAAACUGCAGAGAUAUCCAAUGUAUCUACCUAAAGCUGUAGAGGGAGCAUUUAAUACUAUGAAAUUUAAACCCAAAAUGUGCCUCAAAGAACAGCACUGACCUGAAAAUCCUUACUGUGCGUACGCAGACCCAAGAGUCUUUCUUCAGAAGCAGAUGGUUAGGAUAUUUUUAUGCUAUAAAUUAUCAGUAGCAAUUUUUUGAUGUGUACAGCUGACAAGACUUGACUUUACGUUCUGCCUACACUGGGACCCCGUUGUAGUUCUGUGGACACAACACACUUAUGUAAAAGCCUUAUAAAUGUAUUCAAACAAGUUAGUAAACUUAGCUAGGUUCAACCUGAUGGCAUAGCAGGUUGUUCAACCUGUUUGGUUAGUUUAUAAUUCAGUGUAUUGUAUGAACAGGCAGAAAAUAUGUUCAUUCAGUAACUAGGUAAGCUGCAACAUUAUGCACACUGAAAAUUAUCUCAUCCAGUUCUUCUUCCCACUCCAUAGCAUAUCUAAUGUUGAUUAUCCAUACCGUAUAGAAAAUGUUAGCAUGAAUGCCAGUGGUGGCAUUCAAAAUUUUUUACUACUGGUUCUUGGGCGUGGCUUGGUGGGCGUGGUGUGGUUGGGUCGGUGUGACUUGGUAGACGUGGCAGGGGAAGGAUACUGCAAAAUCUCCAUUGCCUCCCCACUCUGGGGCCAGCCAGAGGUGGUAUUUGCCGGUUCUCUGAACUACUCAAAAUUUCCGUUACUAGUUCGCCAGAACUGGUCAGAACCAUCUGAAUUCCACCUCUGGUGAAUGCCAUGAUCACCCAGGGACAUUUUGUGUUACUCUGUGAAAAGUUAGAUUAUAAAACAAAUCCAUGUCAUGCAACUUUGGUGAAUAUUGUUUCUACAUUAAUUUUUAAAAUUAUUUGUUUGCUAUGCUGGAUUCAGGUUAACAUUGCAAUCUAGG